UCCUUCCAAUAUCAUUUUAAAUGUGGUUUUAAGCUUUGGGAGCCAAACAAAAAUAUAUAUAUAUAUAUUGCUUUGAUCGAAGAGAUUCUAACCAAAGCAUUUCUCCUCUGCAAAAACAUGGAUAACUGGAAGAUCCAACUGGCUGUUGUGACUUUUUGUGCUUUGUUGCAAACCUAUCAGGGACUGUCGUCAAGUGUGGAAGAGGAGAGAGGAUUAUCUAGAGACUGGCAGGAUGAGUCUCUGGAGACGGGUCUGACCGACCCGAUCGCCUCUCUGAUGAAGAGAUCUAAAGCCCUUCGCUUCUACGGACUCAUGGGGAAACGCUCAGGUAUUAAGAAACCCUUUCAAGUAAACAGACGAAAUAAAGGAGAGACAUUUGUGGGUCUGAUGGGAAGAAGCAUUUCCAGUGCUGAAUCUUUAACCAGAAUAAAUCCACCUGCAACAACCACUGAUGUUUCAGAGAAACCACACGAGCAAGGUAUGAUUGUAUCAGUAUAA